UCAGCAGUCUUCGCUUAGUGCUUUUAAUUUAAAUGAAAGGAGAGAAAUUAGGAAGAAUGAAGGGUCUGAUGAAAAAGCAUCUCAUGAACGAAAGAGUUCAUAUGAGAUGCGAAAUUCUGUUGAAAAGAAAGAAAUUUUUAGUAGCCGUGCAUCAAAUGAAAAUUUCAAUGUGUUGCCAUCACAAUUUGAUCGUCGUCUUGAACCAAUUCAAAAGCAACCCUUAACUGACAUAAACGAAUCUCAGGGACUUGGGAAUUCCUACGAGAUUCGAAAUUAUAAUGAAAAGAAAGAUGUAACUGUCAGCCGACCGUCAGAUGAAAAUAACGGUCCUCUAUUUAAGAUACCACUACAGAGACAGUCGCCAGCUGAUGUAAUUGGUCCGAUGGAGAGUCAUGAAGGGUUUGGUUCGAAUGAAGAAGAUUCUGACUCUGACAACUCGGCACACAGUCCUCGGACGGUGGAUCGUCGGAUGUCAACUUCCAGCACAAAAUCCGUUGCAUCCCGCGAAGAAGGUACAGUUAACUCACGUACUCAAUCCAAUUCCCCCUCCAUAUCAGAGAUGUCGCAAGAGUUAAUGGUGCACAUAAAUGGUACAAAAUUCAGUCAAUCUAUAAAAAACGAAAAAUUCGAUUUUCAAAAGAAUUGGGAUAACAACCGACAUGAUGGUCAAUUAAAAAAAUCUUCAGGGCUUGAGCAAUCCAGGAAAGAGGUAAAUAACGGUUCGUCCGGGAAUUCUAAGAUUAUUUCACAUCAGCAAGAGUUAAAUACAUUCCAAGGAGACCGACACCAAGUGAUGGCUAAGGGGAAUGAUGGUAGCCUUUCAAAUCAAUUUUCGAACAUCGGUUCAAUUCGACAAGAAACUGAACCUCGUGUUGAAGACGAUCAUCCACUACAACAACUAUCCGAACUAGCACUCAAUCAUGAGCCAAAUUCAGAACGACUUCAAUAUCAAUCCAAAAAUUUUAAAGAUUCGUCUCCGCGAUCUGUACCUCCCUGGGAAAUAUCCUCUGAAGGACUUUCAAAAAAAUCAAGGAAUAUAUCGAUGCCAGAUCUACGAGUUUACUCUCGAGAUCCCCGAGAUUCGAUAGAAGAGAGACAGCAACCUCCUGAACCUCAUUUCCCUAUAACUCACGAGGUUCGACCACAGACUCAAAGGUCAAUUGAAACAGUAGAGAAUGUGACGUCACCAGAAUCUCUGAUGGCAAUAAAAAGCCGACAGCAGACUCAUUUAUCUAAUGAGGUUGACGUUUCUUUGCAAGAGAAUCGAUUCUCAAGAUGUCAAGACAAUCAACUCCAAAAUGUUGGGCCUCAGGUCGUCAAUGUCACGCAGGAAAUGCGUUCAUCAUCUUUGCAGCAAUUUCAAGAUUCUAGUCAUUCUUUCGCACAGAAUAGUCACCCUCCGCCAAUACACCGAAUUCAAGAACCUCGAGUUCAAAUGCAAGAAGCUCAAACUCAGUCGGCUAUCCGUAGAUUCCAGGAAGUGCACCACCUUCAACAUAAUCAAUUAUUACAAAACCAACAAUCUAAUAGAUUGUUGCGAAAUAGUGAAUCGCACUUACAGAAAUACCAGGAGACACCCGUUUCAAUAAAGGAAAAUCGAUCACGUUCUCAGUC